UCCAAAUGGAAAUGUUAUAUUGCUAAUUUUAGUAUUAAUUUAUUUAUUAUUUCUUAUCAUCUCAAAUGGCUGAUAUGUGUACGAAAUGGUAGGGAAAAUUUGUACAGUGUGUAGAAAUUGCUCAUAUUUAAACAGGCAUUUGUCCUUUUUCACAUAUCCGGGGGACCCUGAACGGAGAUAUGAAUGGCUAAAAGCAGUGGAUCGAUUAGAUUUACUGGACAAAUUGGAAAACAACAAAACUAGAGGCAACCACCGAAUAUGCGAGGCGCAUUUCGAGGAUAAAUAUGUUAAACGCUCUAUAGCCUGUGAAGGCAGAAAGUUUUUAACUAAAAAUGCUUUCCCUACACUUUGCCUAGAGAGCCAGUCUACUGUUGUUCCUGUAUCAAUAACCUAUAAUAGUUUUAUUGAUCCACCAGAUUUAUUAUCGGCCAAUGACAAUGGUUACCAUCAAAGAGUGCAACUGAACCAUUUUGAGUCAUACGAAGAUCCCACCAUGAGUGACACUAGCAUUCCAAGUCCACCAAUUUAUACAGACUUGUCAGAGUUUUGUGAAAGUGUCAUUAAAGUGUCCAAAGGGACACAAACCUUAGACAAUAGGCGUAAAGUUGAAAAUGGAACGGAUCUCAGUGGAAAGAAAAAGAAAAUAGAAACAAGUGAUACUAGCUCAUUUUUACAAAUGUGUGAUAAAUUUCUAGCUAAGGAUAUGUCGAAAUUUAUAAAAUGGCAACUCAAUAGUAAUGGAAAUGGGAACAGAGUCAAUUUUUUGAAUAUUUUUUCUAUUAAUUUGUAUUACUCUAGUCAAAAUUCUUAUGAAUUGUUAAGGAAUAUGUUGAGUCUUCCUACAAUUGAGAAAUUGAAAUAUUGGCUAGUACCAAAGACUACUGGGUUGUCUAAUGAUCUCUUGAAAGUUAUGAAGAACAAAGUUAGUUUUAUGUCUGAUAAUGAAAAGAUUUGUGCUGUUUCGGUUAGCAGCAUGUUUCUUAAGCCAAACUUAUAUUAUGACAUCAGACAUGAUAGAAUUAUAGGUUUACAUGAUGUUGAUGGGAGGCAAAACAUCAAGUUGGCCAAAUAUGGUAUCAUUAUAAUGGUACAAGGCAUUGUAGAGGAAUGGGUCCAACCUGUUGCUUACUCCUUCAUAUCUGGCUAUGACAAUUUCCCAGAAGUCUCUGUAUGGAUAGAUGAUGUGAUCACCACUUUAAUUGAUAUAGGUUUAGAUGUAAGAACAUUUGUAUCAGAUCCAAGAUCAGAAUUUUUAUAUGCUUCAGAAUCACGUACAGUGACACCCGAUAAACCUUAUUUUUUAAUGAACAACAGAAAUAUUUUCUAUGUUUAUGAUACAUUGCAGUUGCUGAAAGUCGUUAGAAAUAAUUUAAAGUCUUGUGACUUUUAUCAUAAUGGUGAUACUAGGGGAAAUGACACAAUGAACUUCUAUAAAAUGUUGAGUGAUCUGUGCAACUUUUUGAAUUCAGAAUCACUUCAUGACAAAGCGUAUACAAAUACAAAAGUGCAGGAAAACUUUAUGGAGCAUAUGAUAUCACUGUUUCAAACAUUGAAAGUUGUAAGGAAAUUCGAUGGUGCAGAUGUAACAGAAAAUAUGAAAUUUAUAGAUAGCUUCCUAAUUACAAUGAAUUCAAUAAUGCAACUGUUCCAUGACUUAAAUAGUAUAGGUAUUAAUCUUUUAAAAACAUAUCGUUUGAACCAUAACAGUAUACGUAAUUUUUUCAAGAAAGUAAAACAAAUUGGAGGGAAAGAUGAAUGUACAGCCAAAUAUUUCAAAAAAUGUUUUGUUAGAAACUUUGUGCACAGUAUGUUGACGCGGCCUCUCGGCUCCAAUAAAUAUAGUUCAACAAAUUCAUUAGAAAUGCAAAGGUUAGGCAAGGAGUUACUAAACGCAGAAGAUUCCAGAGGGAUAGAAAACAAUUUUAAUAACCCUUUAGAGGUCUCAACAACAGAUUACAGACUCGGCUUGCCCGAUAAAAACGUAUUUGUUUACGUUUGCGGGUAUUGUUAUUUAAAAUGUUUGGAGCGCCACAGUUGUCACAAGUUAAAAUCUUACUUGGUACAGUGUAGAAAAUUAGCAGAUGAAGAUAAAUCUAGGCUUUGCAGUGUUAGAUUACAGAUUAAUGUUAAAGAUUGCCAAAUAUUUCCACCUGAUAACUUUACUGAGUUUCUGAUGCUCCUAGAGAACAAAUUUAAAGAGUACUUUGAAUCACACUUGCAGAUUAACAGUAUAGGCCAGGAGAUAAUGAAAGAAUUGAGAGGGUGCAAUUUCAAAUUACCAUGUCCCUGCUUCCCUGUAGAGUAUUUGAAGAUGUUAUUUGUAAGGGUAAGAUUGUUUUAUACAAUUAGGAAGAAUAAUAAAUCACUCAGAAAAAGAAGAGGUCCUAAGUCGUUCAAGGUUUAUAGUCUAUAAGUACUACAUGUGUCUGUCUAAAUGAUUACAUAGUAGGUGUAAGAACAUUUAUAAUUGAUACAUUGUAUCUGUAAAGUUGUUAUGUUUUAAAGAUUGUUUUUAUUACUAGUAAAUGAAUAAGAUUGAAGUUGAUUUGUCAAACUUAAUUAAGUUAUGUAAAUAAAUUUAUACUGCCAUAGGAGAUAAAUUAAGUAUCAACUAUGGAAUUAUUAAGUCGCUAGUCAUUUUUACGUAUUUUAAACAUCACUUUGGUAGCACUAUAGACUGCAAUAUUUAUUUAUUAUUGAAGUUAAGUUUUACAUUCUCAUUAAUAUUGUUAUUAUUUACACUGCAGUAUAGCAUUAUUGCGAAUAUUAUUUUGUUACAUUUUAUUAUUGAAAUGAAGCAAACAUUGUUUAUUAAUAAAUAAUCUGUUAUUUUUAAUGAAAUCUAUUAUUUGUUAGCUGAUCUUUUACUAUAAAUUUAAAAAUAUAGUAAAAUCAGAAUGCAUAUGUAUUAAACGGAGUUAAAUAAAAUUAUAUAUAUUUCUAGUGCAACUGUCGGUAUCCGUGUAGUGCACUAUCUGCACUGCAAUGAUCUGUCUCAAAUAAUUGCACAUGAAAUCGAGAAUAUGGAGAAAUACUUUUGCAUUGCCAA